UGCUAUCAACCUUUCCCCUGUACGGUUGCUACAUGUUCAGCGUUUCAUAGACAGUGAAUUAGAAGCUUUGAUGCCAGCUUCGCACAUCGCCAAGGCUUUCACAUUACAAAUCUGCACCUUUCUGUCCAGCAAUAUUUUACGCUGAACUUUGAGACUUGAGAAUUUUUCACCUCUCGGGGCUCGUUCUGGCAAGCCCAUUUAUAGCAGAAACAACCGUCCACGCAGAGUAUUAGUGAAGCCAUUGAAUAGGAGAAUAGUAACAACACCCUGACUUGUAUGGAAAGAGAAGAGAAGUUUGUUUUGGCAAAACAUGACCUCUGCGGGUAAUGUGGGCCCCCGUUUCCAGCGUCAUUAUCCCAUCGAUGAAUUCUAAUUGCACAUUCACAUUUGAACUGGAUACAUUGUUCCUGAUGUUUUCACCUCCAUGUAUGGAAAUGACAGUAAUCCCACCUGGAGUCAGGUGUGAAGGGCGCAUUUCCACAACAAUGCUCAGUAUAGCACACCCAGGUACGGUAACACAGAGACGAAAAUUCCUUCAACUAAAGCGCAGAAAGUACGGGCACAUCUACAAGACGCAUCUGUUUGGAACUCCAACCGUGCGCAUCAUGGGCUCGGAAAACGUGCGGCAAAUCCUCCUUGGGGAGCACAAGCUGGUGUCCGUGCACUGGCCGGCCUCUGUCCGUACCAUCCUGGGCUCCGGAUGUCUCUCCAAUCUGCAUGACAGCCAGCACAAGCACAUGAAGAAGGUCAUCAUGCAAGCCUUCUCCAGGGAAGCUUUGGAGAACUAUUUGCCAGUCAUGGAGGAAGAGAUGAGCAAUGCCAUUCAUCUUUGGAUGCAGAACGAUUCCUGUGUGCUAGUGUACCCCGCCGUCAAGCGCCUCAUGUUUCGUAUAGCCAUGAGACUGCUUCUGGGAUUUGAGCCCGAACAAAUGGACCCGACGCACGAACAACCAUUGGUGGAAGCUUUUGAGGAAAUGAUCAGGAAUCUCUUCUCUCUUCCCAUUGAUGUUCCAUUUAGUGGCCUCUACAAGGGCUUGAGGGCAAGAAAUAUAAUUCAUGCUAAAAUUGAAGAAAACAUUAAAGAAAAGUUGCAGAAGGAACCAGAGGGGACUUGUAAAGAUGCCUUACAGUUGCUGAUUGACCAUAGCCGGAGGGCCGGAGAACCUGUGAACUUGCAGGCACUGAAAGAAUCUGCAACUGAACUGCUAUUUGGUGGCCAUGGGACCACGGCGAGUGCUGCCACAUCUCUUAUAACGUUUCUUGGCCUUCAUAAGGAGGUUGUGCAGAAAGUUCGUCAAGAGCUUGACUCUAAGGGUCUCUUAUCUAGUAAUCCUGAUGAAAAGAAAGCUUUGACUCUGGAUGUAUUACAGCAGCUUAAAUACACUGGUUGUGUCCUGAAGGAAACCCUUCGCCUUGUUCCACCAGUUCCCGGAGGCUUUCGAGUUGCUUUGAAGACUUUUGUCCUAAAUGGCUAUCAGAUUCCAAAGGGGUGGAAUGUCAUAUACAGUAUUGCCGACACUCAUGAUGUUGCUGACAUUUUUCCAAACAAAGAUGAGUUCAACCCUGACCGUUUCUUAACUCCAUUCCCUGAAGACUCCUCCAGAUUCAAUUUCAUUCCAUUUGGAGGAGGUGUAAGGAACUGUGUGGGCAAAGAGUUUGCCAAUAUACUCCUUAAGACUUUCAUCAUCGAGCUGUGCCGAAAUUGUGACUGGGAUCUUCUAAAUGGGCCACCGACCAUGAAGACUGGUCCCAUUGUCUAUCCAGCGGACAAUCUUCCCACACAGUUCAGACCAUUUCAAAGCACAGUUUAAUAGCAGAAUCAUUUAUGUAAAGGCACAAAAUUAUAUAUAUAUAUAUAGUAUCUUAAUGUAUAUAGCUGCUUUUAUAAAUUCACUUAUUUUAUAUUUAAUUUGUACAGUCCUAUAGUUAUUUAUAAUGUGUCCAUAAUAACUUCCGAGCACUCAAAAGUGGGCGCCUGCCCAUAAAGUAUGUAGAUAUAUAAAUUGUAUUAAAAGCCUUGUGCAUUUAUUAUUGGGCAAUAUUGCACCUUUGUAAAUUUCUGUAUAUAUGAAUUCCAUGUGUUACAAUAAAGCUGUGAUC